UGUAUUCGCCCAAGGAUGGAAUCAAAGCGGUCUUGUUCAUCAACCGUGUGCUGCGGAGCGCCGGUGGAAAAAGGAUGCUUCGUAUUCGCCAUCAUAAAUACCGUAUUGUGCCUCGCAGCGUCCCUUGGCAGUUUGGCCUUCCUAAUCUUCAUCCUAUACGAGUGGUUCUCAGAUUCCCGAGGCUCCAACGACAUGGUGCUAGUGUACCUGUUCACGGGAAUGGCUGCGGGUUGCUGUGUGGGCAGUUCCUUAGCGCUCACGUUCGCUGUAGUGCUAGUUGUAGGAAUUCGCAGAGGCAACAAGGACUACGUGAUGGCGUACCUGAGAUACGGCAUUGCCGUGGUGGUCCUGAGCGUGUUGGGGUGCCUCGCGUUCAUCGGGCUGGAGUGGGGGGAAACCGAUCUCAUGAUGUACGCUUUGAUUUCUCUCGGGGUUUGCGUUAUGUACUCUUUGAUGCUGAUCCCCGUGUACCAGACCUACGUGGUAUUCUCAAAAAGCACGCCCACCACACACGCGAGACUGAUCAACAGCUAUGAUUUCUGAAGACCAUCUAAAGUCUGACCUGAAGGAUGCAAAAACUCUACGCUUGCAUCUGACUCCCUACCACGAAAAACGAAAAUUCAAAUUUCGUUAUCUGCCUCUCUAUCGCUCUUGCAUAUUUGAUCGAAGGUGUAACAAUGUGGGACAUCAAUCUGAACCUAUCUGUCGAAGACAGAUAUAGCCCCGUAAUUAGAUGGAUACGGUCUAAGGAAAAAACGUGCCUCGAAAAUCAAGAAAAUUUGAUUCUCGAUCAGAUGACGCCGCUACCUUUGGCCUUCGGAUAGAUGGCGUUGACGGUUUCGUUUAUUUAAAAAUGUUAACGCAUUCAGUGAAAGAACAUGGGUCAAAAUCAUAUAAAAAUAAUUAAUGCAAAUAAAAAAAAUCAUUUAUCCAUAUAAUAUAAGUACAUUUUAUCGUAUUUUUAUACAUCUUCAUUAUUAGUUUAAAAAAAAAAAUUAUAUUGUUUAUAUUGUUUAAAUUUCAUUCGGUUUAAAAUUCAUUCGAUAACGAGACGUGACGCGCGUUUGCGUUAAGUCUCAUAUAUGUAUGGGAUUUUGAGUUUCCAAAACGUCCCGCUUGGUGCGCUGUUCAAGAUCCCAUACAAGACGUACUUCCUUCAC